ACUGGGCCUAAAUCACGUAUAAAAUCUGUUGGAAGUAUUGCUGAGCUACGGAAUUUUGCUUUUCAUUUCAAUUGUUACUAUUAGCAAUAGUAUUUAUUUCUAUCAUUUUCAUAUCGUAUUCGUUUAUAUCUAUGAGUAUGCAAAUAUAUGCGGAUAAGCCGUAUGCUGUACUUGAAUUACCUAUAGAAAAUGAAUUGGAGUCAACUGUUUAUGUAGUGCCAGCAUGUACAUGGCUGGAGGAUAUAACUAUAAAAGUGUCUGCAAAAGAUGGCAAACAAGUUACAUUUGCAGCUCUAUGCAAAUGGCUUCCACACGAAUUAAAACUAAGCGACCAUUUAGAAAAAAGAAAGAAACCAAUUGUGAAUUGGAUUACAUAUGAAAAUGUUAAAAUUUUGAAGUUUUGUAAAUCUAUAAGACAAGCUAAAGAAGAAGUGGAAAAAGCUUUAAAUAUCUCGGAUCUGUCACAGUCUGACAAGGAUAGAAACAUUAAGCGCCAACGAAUUGUAACUAGAAGAUACAGUCCUCCUUUGACUGUAACAUCAAUGAAUCGAAGAAAACGUACUAUAUAUUCUUCUGAUUCAGACAGUGAUAUUGAGUUACAAGCACCAAUUGUAAAAGGCUUAAAGAUAAAUGCAAAUAAGGAAAAGACAUCAUAUAUUUUCACAUCCUGAUGAUACUUGCAACAAUAAUUAUACAA